AUGGCGGGGGCGGCGUGGGCCAGCCUGGGCAGCGAGUUCAAGAAUGUUGCGGAGGACAAGUUUUUGAAGCCCGUUCCGGACCAAUUCCUGACGCCGCGGGCCACGACGGACAUCCAGCCCGCCGAGGAGCUGCUGUCAAAGCUGGUGGAAGAGAACGCGGAGCGGUACAAGGGCAUCGACGUUCGAGACCCAUCCUCGAUGGCCAUCUACGAGGGCGAACGGCCGCGGUGGAUGACGAUGGGCGGUCAAGUGCGUGCUGUAUCGGAGUUCAUCUCUGGCCACCUAUGCCACCACAUCUCGCUGCCCGAGUGGAAGGAUCUAUUCGACCUAGAGUACGCGGAGAUGGACCUGACGUACUGGCUGUACGUGCUGCAUGUGCACCUCGUCAGCCGCCGCGCGACAAGUAUCCCGAUCGAGAAGUUCAACCGCCGUCGCGAAGUGCUGGAGGAGCUGCUGGUGACUAUGUUUGAUGGCUGGGCAGCUACGUCCGAGGAUAUCAUGGGCCGCCCACCACUGAACAAAAUUAAGUACUACAUCCGCGACAUGUACUACGUGACGGCGGUUAACUUCGAGGAGGCGCUGCUGCACGAUGGGCCGGGGGCGGAUAUGAUGCUGAUGGGGUUCCUGAUGAAGUUCUGCCCGCUUCCGCGACCGGAGGAUGUGCCGAUGUUCACGUACUACACCCUUGUCCAUUACGUCCGCUUUCACACGGCCCUCUUCGACCGCAUUCCGGACGAGGAGUUCGCCAAGGGGAACUUCAACUUCUUGAGCCCGACCGACCCGCUCAUCUUCAGCAAGUACAGCGACAUCGCGUACGACGAGGUUAUUCGCGGCUGGACGGUGCAGGAGGGGGAGGACGGUGGCGGUGAAGCGGCACCGCCUCACUCGUAG